AUGUUGCGCGUGGUGAGCUGGAACGUCAAUGGGAUCCGGAGCCCCCUGCAAGGGAUGAUAUACGAGGAGCCCAGCAACUAUGCCGCCAUGGUCGUGGGGCGCAUUUUGGACAAGCUGGACGCCGACAUCGUGUGUUUUCAGGAGACGAAAGUGACCAGGGAUGUGCUGACAGAGCCCCUGGCUAUCACUGAGGGCUAUAACUCCUAUUUCAGCUUCAGCCGCAGCCGCAGUGGCUAUUCUGGUGUAGCCACCUUCUGUAAGGACAGCGCUACCCCUGUGGCUGCUGAAGAAGGCCUCAGUGGCCUACUUGCCACUCAGAAGGGGGACGUGGGUUGCUAUGGAAACAUGGAUGAAUUCACCCAGGAGGAGCUUCGGGCUCUGGAUAGUGAGGGCCGGGCCCUUCUCACACAGCACAAAAUCCGACAGCCAUUAAGUGGAAUCCACAUGGUAUGGGGGGAAAGCUUGGAAAUGACCUUUUUGGCUGGGGGGCGGUCUCUUCUCCCCAGCACAUGGGAAGGGAAAGAGAAGAUCUUGACCCUAAUCAACGUGUACUGCCCCCACGCGGACCCUGGGAAACCUGAGCGGCUGGCAUUUAAGAUGCGCUUCUAUAGCUUGCUGAAGAUCCGAGCAGAAGCCCUCCUGGCAGCUGGCAGCCAUGUGAUCAUUCUAGGUGACCUGAAUACAGCCCACCGCCCCAUUGACCACUGGGAUGCAGUCAACCUGGAAUGCUUUGAAGAGGACCCAGGGCGCAAGUGGAUGGACGGCUUGCUCAGUAGCCUGGGAUGCCAGACUGGGUCUCAUGUGGGGCCAUUCAUUGAUAGCUACCGCUGCUUCCAGCCAAAGCAGGAGGGGGCAUUCACCUGCUGGUCAGCAGUCAGUGGUGCCCGGCAUUUGAAUUAUGGCUCCCGGCUUGACUAUGUGCUGGGGGACCGGACCCUGGUAAUAGACACUUUCCAGGACUCCUUCCUACUGCCUGAGGUGAUGGGUUCUGACCAUUGCCCUGUGGGUGCAGUCUUGAGUGUGUCCUCUGUGCCAGCAAAAGAGUGCCCACCUCUGUGUACCCGCUUCCUCCCUGAGUUUGCAGGCACCCAGCUCAAGAUCCGUCGCUUCCUAGUUCGUCUCAAAGAUCCUGUGUUCAGGCAUUCAGCACUGAAACUCAACAAUAAAACCCAGGUACAGAUGCACCAAAACAAAGCCCGUGUGCGCUCAACCAGGCCUCGGCCAAGUCAAGCUGGCUCCAGCAGAGGCCAAAAAAACCUGACAAGCUACUUCCAGCCAUCUUCCAGCCAUCCCCAAGCUUCUCCUAACUUGGAACUUCCUAGUGUGGGUGCCCUCGUGACCCCAAAGAUGUCAGAAAAGGAGCUGAUGGCCAAAGUGGUAGAGGGGCAGGCCAGUGCUUCAGAGGCCAAGGAUGAGAAGGAGAUACGGACCUCUUUUUGGAAGUCUGUGCUAGGGGGGCCCUUGUCCAUGCCCCUCUGUAGGGGCCACAGGGAGCCAUGUGUGAGGCGAACUGUGAAGAAGCCAGGACCCAACCUGGGCCGCCACUUCUAUAUCUGUGCCAGGCCCCAGGGUCCUCCCACUGACCCUUCCUCCCGCUGCAACUUCUUUCUCUGGAGCAGGCCCAGCUGAAUCAACCCAGGCCUAGGGAUAUCUAUCAUGGUUAACCCUGUACAUACUCAGGCCAGCCCCCUCCUAGGCUACCUCUUCCUCCCCCAAGUCCUCCUCCUCUUCUUCCACUUUCCUCAAGGACCCUUCCCUUUCCUCUUUCUCUUCCUCUUCCUUCUUUAAGGCCUCUCUUACUCUUUCUUCUUCCUGCCUAGCUCCUCCUCAUUGGUGAGCUACUUGUUUGUGCCCUAUUGCUGUGACCCAAUUCCCCAAUGUGCUUCCCACCUUCCUGUCAGAAGUACACAGGAACCAAUUGCCGUAGAAAGUUGGUUUUAAACCCCUUUAUUCCUUGCUGACAAAUAUAUCUGUGCCUAAAUAAAGUCUGUUUUUAUUUUAGCAUACCAUGUCAUGUACACAAUUUGGAUAUGCUCCAUGAAGUUGAGUUAGAGACAUUAUCUCAACACUGGAUUUCCCAGCGGCCUGUAGCCUGAUGAUACAACUCCUAGAGAGAGGGGAGGAAGGAAGAGUGGUAUUCACUAUAAAGGUGCUCUGUUGAGUUGUAGGGAUUCCUUGCACUGCUGAUGUUGGAUCAGCAAGGGAGGUGGGUGUGGUGUGUUAGAAAGCUCAGGUGGAUUGUGUAGCCUUAAACUGGCACUUCCCAACUGGUGUGUUCCACAGCUGCCACAAAUGUAUUAUAGGGUAGAAAGAAAUGGCCUUAGAGUUUCCAAGCAGGGCACAAAUGUCAGGAGAGAUUGCCUCCUAAGCAAGUGGUGUCAUUAGUUCACCCAGGAGUGCCAUGCAAAUGUUUUCUGUGUGCUAUGGCCUGGAAAGAUUGGGAGCAUUGCCUUGAAAAAGUUGUUUGCUAUAGCCAAGUCUCUUUCCCACCUUGGAAAAUAGAGCUGGUAAGUCCUGUUCUACAAGGUACUAUGGAAAAGAAAGAGGACAUCCAUUCUAUCUGCUGGAUAAUACCUCCAAAGUUUUGGGGAACUAUUCCUCUCUUCCAGAUAGUUCAGUUAGGGCUGAUUCUAUCUCCUGACUUCAGGGGCUACAUGGGCCUAUUGUGUCCAGGUCUACCAUUAAUGAGUCAGUCAGUCCCUGGAUUUUCCUCAUGGCGCUGCCACUCAUCUGAAGGAGUCAGAUAUGCAGUUUUCUGUCUAAUAAAGGGCUACAAAUGCU